UGCGCAGGCGUCUGGGCUCGAUUUGGCGCAUGUGCAGUAGCGCCGGUCAUCCCUGGAGCUUCAAGCUGAAAACAGAGCUGGACAAAAUGAUGAUAAAGCAAUAGAUGCAGCAGUAGGUUGAAGAUGGCCAUCUUUCAUACCCCAAAAGAGGCUUUCAGUGCCUUGCGUCCAAUUUGUGUUAAGAUAACAAAGGAACAGAAUGUCAUCAAUGUACAAUGCCUUCAGUCCCAGCUGCAGAAGGUUGGGGAUGCUGCAUUACAGGAACUGCAGGAGUAUGUCUUGUUUCCACUUAGAUUUUCAUUGAGGACACCUGGUCUGAAGCAAGAAAGAUUUGUCCAAAGUGUAGUAGAAUGCAUUCAUUUUAUAAUUUCUAGAACAUGCGUGCAGAAUCAACAACAACUUUGUGACAUCUUCUCUGAAUUUUCUCUUUGCCUGUCCUCUCCAGGAAACCAUGGAAAGCUGGCCACUAUCUCAGAGGAGCUUAAAAUGGCUGUUGUCCAAGGUCUCAUUGCCCUGCUUCAUUCAGCAUAUGGUGACAUUUUGCUAUGUCUCUACCAACCACGCAUGCUUCCUACACAAGGAUUUGUUAUUUCUCUGCUUUUAGACAUUGCUGAACAUGAAAAAUCAAGACAGCUUCGGGUCCUGGCCCUAAAGUGUUUGCUGCUUUUGAUAUUACAGUGUGAUUGCCCAGAUACGCACUGUUCAUUUGACAGCAGUGACCUCCUUCAAGUUGGAGAUGCAUUUGCCUCAUUUUUGCCAGGAAUCGCUUUAGGAAUGUCACGCAUAAUUUCUGGAGAUAUUAAACAGGGUCACUUAGUAACAACCUAUGCCAUUAAGGUUUGGUAUAAACUGGUGGGCUUAGUCAUGGCCAAUGACCAAGUGUCCAAGAAUCACCUUGACAAGAAAAUGCUCUUUGUAGAGGACAGUAAACUUGCUGACCUUGUAAUCUGUAGGAAACCAGAAUGGGUGAAAGACACUGCAAACAAAUUAGAUGUAUUAUUACAGAAACUCUGUAGCUGUGCUACUGGCAACCCACAUUGGAAAGUAAGGUUGGAAUUGGUUGAGCUAGUCUACCAUUUGCUGUCUUACUGUAACAAAUCACUGAAACAAUCUAUUGGCCAUUUGCUGGAAAUUCUGGUUGGCCUUGUAGGUGAUGAGAGACCAGAAGUGCAUACCAGAUGCGGUCAAGUUUUGAGAAAUGUCUCUGAGCUCUGUAUGAUAUGCGAGAACAAAGAUUUUACAGAUGUGCUCUCCGAAAAUUUGCACGCACUCACAACUGCUCUUCCAAGACUUAUGAGAACACUGGAUGACCAGAAUAAAUUGAAAUCCUUGGGUUUAUUACUUGGCUACUUAAAGUUAUUAGGACCCAAAGUGAAUGUUAUAUUAAAUUCAACUGUUCACCUUGGCCGUCUUUCAAAAGCACUGAUGCAAAUCCUAGAGUUGGAUGUCACGGAUGUGAGAAUUGUGGAAGAGAGACGUUUGAAUUCUGAAGCUGAUGAUCUGCAACAUCCAAUGUCCUUUCUGUCUGGCUGGGAUCACUUAAGACUGGGAAACAAGCCCACUAUGAAGAGAAAAUACUUCAAGCAUUUUACCGAAGAAUGUGUGUUUGCACUUCUCCAGCAGACUUGCAGAGUUUUAGGUUACCAUGGCAAUCUGUAUCUGCUCGUGGAUCAUUUCAUUCACCUCUACCAAGAGUCAGUGUUGUAUAGGAAACAGGCUGCAAUAGUGAUUAAUGAAGUGUUGUUGGGGGCUGCAGGGUUAGAUGUGGAUGUUCUGCAUGAAAGAGAAACUCCAGUUAGUGUAGAUGAUCUCAAGGCAACUGUGACUUCCAUUAUCGAGGAAUACGUAAGCAGGGCUAACUGGGAUCUGGUAACAAGUAUCGAGUCAGAGCAUGAGGCUAGCCUCAAUACGAACCAACCAACAUUUCUGGGUUUUACUAAAGGAUCCCACAGUGGUUGCCUUCACACAAGUCAAAGUCUAACUGUUCACACUAUGAACAGCAAUAUCUGGCAAAUCUGCAUUCAACUUGAAGGAAUUGGCUAUUUUGCUCAGAUGCUAAAUAAGGAAUUUCGUCAACUUUUAAUGACUUCUCUUUACCCAGUGAUAGAAAAAGUUGGAGCUGAGACUUUGCUUAUUAGUCAAACAGCUACAAGGACAUUAAUAGAUCUUUGCCAAGCCUGUGGCUAUGAUUCACUUCAAGAAUUGAUAAAUCUGAAUUCUGACUAUCUUGUGAACACUAUUUCCCUCAACCUGAGAAGACUAACUCAAUAUCCUCACACACCCCGUGUUAUUAGUGUCAUGUUUAGCUAUUCCGAUGCCAGUCUGCUACCUUUGGUUGAUGAUGUGGUUCAAGAUGUGCUGCUGUCUCUUGAUCAUUACCACAAUGAAAAGGCUCAUCUAAUUUUCAAUGUCCUCCAUUCACUAAUGACAGCUUUAGCUCACUGGUUUCCACCGAAGGAGCCUGCUCAGAAAGAAGAGAGACCUCACAAUAAGGCCUGUAAUUCUGCUACCAAAGCAAAAGAGAUCCAGUGCUUUUUCAAGGAUUAUCAGAAGCAGAAGCAUUUGGCUGAAGGGGAUGUUGAAGAUAUUGAUUCGGACCAAACAGAAUAUGAAAUCUCUGAUCAACUGGAACCUGACAUUACUUUUGACCACCCUGAUGUGAAGAAGGAGCUCCCUGCUCAUAUCCAAAUUGCUAAAGAUGUGAUGGAGAGGUGCAUUCACCUUCUGUCAGACAAAAGCAUUAAAUUACGUCUAAAGGUACUGGAUGUUUUGGAACUGUGUGUGGUUGUUCUCCAGAGUAAUGUGAAUGAACUACUCCCAAUGGUACACCGGGUAUGGAGUCCUUUUGUGCAAAGAUUGACCAGUGAUGAUCCCCUCGUGGUCCUUAGGGCAUUCCAGGUGCUAUGCAGAUUGGCAGACACCUGUGGUGAUUUUCUGAAGAGUAGAGUUUCGAAAAACAUUUUGCCAAAGGUGAUUGGAUCUUUAGUCAGCCAAGCCCCUGUCAGUGCAAAGGCUGGGCCUAUUUAUAGCCACACACUCGCCUACAAACUCCAAUUAGCUGAGCUUCAAGGCCUUGGAAAACUCUGUGAGAAACUGGAUCUUGGUGAAACCGAUCUAGAUAUGGUUGCCAACACUUGCCUACCAUAUCUGAGUAGCAGACAACCACCGAAACUCCAGGAUGCAGCUUGCAGUGUUUUUUACCACCUAAGUGAAGUUGAUCCUGAUGCCACAUGGCUCAUUUUAAAUGAAGUUUAUUGUCCAAGUACUUAUGAUCCGCCACACUUCAGCCUCCCACCAAUACACCUGACAGGAAUGGGAAAACAGAGGAAUGAAUUUACUGAUAAUGUUCUUCAACUUCUGCAAGAGUUUGAAUGACUCAGAAAUUUGUGGUAGUUGGCAGUGCCAAUCAUACCUAAAGCUCCCCAUGUUCAGACUGCUAAUAUCAGCCUUGGUGCAAGGAAUGAGAAAAACUGAGAAAAGGCAUACAGCUGAACCUCCCACCAGUUUCUGUGGCUCGUUGUAUAGCAGCACCUUCAAGGUUUGGACACAUUUACCUUUUCAACCACUGACAAGGAUAACAGAAAAACCAAGAAAAUAUAGAUGACAAAAGUAUCUCAAGGGGACGUCUUAAAGAUUCAAACAAUCGCUGCAGAUAUCUAGUACAGAUUGAACCAAUCACUGGAAAAACUCAGCAAGUGUUGCAGCAUCUCUGGAGGGAAAGCAAAGUUAACAUUUGUGAUCCAGUGACAUUCUUCGAACUGAUCAAUUUCUGUUUUUGUUUCUGAUUUCCAGCAGCCACAGUUCUUUGGUCUUUUUUGUCUUGCACGGAUUGGUUUCAACAUCUUGUAGCUGGGUCUAUAAUGUGUUAUGAUUCCUCUCCUUGCUAUUUUUUAGCUUUCCUGUAUUAACCUGUGCAACUAUGGGAUGAAUGGGACAAUCCCACAACACCAUGUUAUUAACCAGCAGUGGGAUGAAAUCCUAAACAGAGAUAACUAGGUUUUUUUGGUUACUUUGUAUUCAAAACUGAUUAAUCUUCUGCUCAUCAAGGUUGAAUGGAUUGAAUUCCUCAAAUUCUGCAACAGUUUUAGGUUGCAUUAUAUCUGAACAAUAUCAUCAAAGGGCUACAAAAUAUAAUUGGAUGACUCGUACAUCUGGUGUUCAUGCAAUCAAUAUUGGUACACGCAAGGAAACUCAGUAAUAAAUGCACUAGUGUUUUCAACCUAA